AAGCCUUAACUGUCAAUAAAUUAAAGUAAUAUUUUUCAGAGCGAUUAUAUUUUGUGGACAAUCGUUUGCAAUCAUGAGUGCCAUUGGUAUUAACGGCUUUGGGCGCAUUGGGCGCAUCUUUUUGCGCCAGACGCUGCUGCGCCGCGAUGCCAAAGUGGUGGCCAUCAAUGAUCCCUUCAUGGAUCCGCAGUACAUGGCUUAUAUGCUGCGCUAUGAUUCAACACAUGGCACUUUCCAGAAAAAGAUCUGCGUUGAUGGCAAUAGUCUAAUUGUGGAUGGUAACAAAAUUUGCUUGAGCAAGCAGGCGGAUGCUAAGCAGAUCAAAUGGAAAGAUAUGGGCGUUAAGAUGGUUGUCGACUGCACCGGGCGCAUGACAACGCUUAAGACCGCACAGGCUCAUCUGGACUCUUGCGCCGAAAAAGUUGUCAUAUCGGCACCUUCAUCAGAUGCGCCCAUGUUUGUAUGCGGCGUCAAUUUGGAUACGUACAAGCCGGACAUGAAGAUCAUAUCAAACGCUUCCUGCACCACCAACUGCCUGGCGCCAGUGGCCAAAGUAAUACACGAGAAUUUUGAAAUAGUUGAGGGACUGAUGACAACAGUUCACGCUGUCACUGCUACACAGAAGAUCAUCGAUGGGCCCAGCGCCAAACUUUGGCGUGAUGGACGCAGCGGUAUGUGCAACAUUAUACCCGCCUCCACAGGCGCCGCCAAGGCUGUGGGCAAGGUGAUACCUGCUCUGAAUGGCAAGCUGACAGGCAUGGCUUUUCGUGUGCCUGUGGUCAACGUAUCCGUAGUGGAUCUGACUUGUCGUUUGAGCUGUGCCGCCAAGAUGGAUGAUAUUAAGGAAGCUAUCAAGCAGGCAGCAAGUGGUCCGCUGAAAGGCAUUUUGGGCUACGUUGACGAUGAGGUGGUAUCCACAGACUUCAAUGGCUCGACAUAUGCUUCCGUUUUUGAUGCUAGAGCCUGCAUUGCUCUGAACGACAAUUUUGUCAAGCUCAUAGCGUGGUAUGACAACGAAACCGGCUACUCCAAUCGCUUGAUAGACCUUUGCAUCUAUGCGCAGACAGUGGACAAGUGUGCCGCCAAGCAGGCCGAGAAAGACAAGUGUGCAGCCAAGCAGGCUGAAAAGGACAAAUGCAAGAAGGACAAAUAGUAGCUAAAGCGAUUUAAUUGUAUGAACUAAAUUUAAAUAUAGAUUAACUUUUGGUUUAAACUA